CUUAGUACCGAGUUGACUGAAUCCUGCAGCUGGCGUGUUGCAGAACUAUUUAGAAAAAGCCAGACAAUAAAACAGGUAUGGUUGGUGCUAAGUUAUUCAAAUGAGCAACGAUUCAAAAUGAUAUGUGAGGCGCUUCAAGAUCGACACUGUAAAGUAGAAGAGCUCUGGCUUUUUGGAAAAUGGUUGACUGAAUCUUGCAGCUGGCAUCUUGCAAGAGUACUCAUGAACAGCCCGAUAUUGAAAAAAUUAUGGUUGUGGGUCGAGGAUUCAAAUGCCAGAAUGGUGAACAUUCUGUGUAAGGGGCUUCAAUACCCAAAAUGUAAAUUAGAAAAACUAUGUAUUCAUGGAGGAUUUCUGUCCAACACAUCCAGCAGUGAUUUUUUAGAAGUACUUAAGAGAUUAAAAGAGUUGCAGUUAUUUCUCUGCCGUCUAGAUGAAAAAGUAGAGAAAAUGCUGUGUGAGGGGCUCCAACAUUCAGCGUGCCAAAUAAAAAAACUAAGGCUUGAGGGAGAGUUCCUGACAGAAUCCUUCUGUAGGUCUUUUGCAGAAAUACUGAGAAAAAAAACGAGAUUGAGAGAGUUGGAUUUAUUAACCAAUAACACAAAUAACAUAGCAGUGGAAAUGUUAUGUGAGGGACUCAAACAUGCAGACUGUAAUGUAAUAAAACUAGGACUUGGUGGAAAGUUUCUGACUGAAUUUUUCAGCAGUCAUCUUUCAGAUGUAUUCAGGAAACAUCAGACAUUAAAAGAGUUAGAGUUGUUUCCCAUCAACAAUAUUGAUGGUGUAGUGGAAGUGCUUCGUAACGGUCUCGAACAUUCAGACUGUAAAUUAGAUGUGCUACGCAUUAAUGGAGAGUACUUAAAAGUAUUCUGUGGGCACUCUCUCUCCUUUGGGACACAGAUUGCGACAAUUGUCAAUAUAAACCAGAACCUACAAGAAUUUUAUUUGCAUGGUGACUGCAUUAGUGACUAUGAGACAAAGCUACUCUGUGAAGAACUAAAACACUCAGGGCAAUUUAAAGGACCUAUGGUUGAAUGGAAAAUAUAUUAUACAGAAUGGAGAAUGGAUGGACAUGGAGCAUACGACUUGAGCCUCCUGUGCAAAUUGUUUUUCUUCAUGGCUGCCUUUUUCUAUUUUUAUUUCUAUUAAGAAUAUGGUCAGGAAGAGUUGGAAUUUAAUAUACACUAUAUUACCAAGGUAUUCACUCACCCAUCCACAUAAUCAGGACUCAGUUGUGGGCAAAUACUUUUGGCAAUAUAGUGUAUUUCAAGUGAAUUCUGAAGAGCUUUCUUUCAGCAACUAUAAUCUGAACUGUGGAGUCCUUGUGAUCUCUGUGGUUGGUUGUUUACUUGCAGAUGUUCGGCUUCUAGCACUGAAAAUGUUACCUAGUUAGGUAAUGAAAUGUCUGCCCCCCCCCCAAAAAAAACAAGUUCAAGGAGCUUCAAGGACUCCACUUUUCUGUUUUAUAUGAUUUACCACAUAGCCAUGGAGACAUUUAACGCUCACAAUAAUUUAUUCUAAUUUGUAAAAUGAGCUAUAAAUAAUCUUAUAUAUUAUUAUAUGCAUUAUAAUUCUUUGUAAUUUUUUUACAUUAUUACUAUCAAAUUACUGUAGCAUUAUUACUUUCAUAUCUGUGUUGUAAUAGAUCAAUAGAGUAACAAGUUUUAUUUUAAGAGAAUAUAGAAAGAGAAUAUGAUCCAGUUUUGAAAGUUGGUGGUGUUAUUGUUGUGCAUAUGUAAUAAUCUCUUUCAAUCUCACUCUCUUGUUUUUACUCUCUACAAAUUCACCCAGCCAUCAGGAUUUGUAGCAGUUUUAUUUCUUGCUUUUGUAGUGUACUGCAACAUUAUUUUCUUUUAUUUCCAUUUCUAUGGUUUUACUCUCAGAGGAUUUCUGAAAUUCCAGUUAUAAAGCUGAUGUCAACACAAGUCUGACAUGAAUAAAGCAUUUGUGCCAUGAUUAUUGAUACAAGAUUUCAAAAUAAAGAAAGCCAAAUGAGCAAAGGGUCAAAUAAUGGAAUGAACUUUUUAUCAUCAACUUUCAUUAUCAACCUGUAUCUUUCCAGUGGCAAAACAGUCUUAUCUCUCUUGCCAGUU